AAGGAACUGUGAAACUCGCCUGUCUUUGUCUGCCUACAAAAACAGUCAAAAUACACACAGCGAGAGAGAGAGAGAGAGAGAGAGAGAGAGAGAGAAGACUGAGACUCAUGUUUCCACCCAUUUUAAAGGUCUCGCUUUCCUUCUUGUUACUCCUCUCAAUAUGAUAAUAUUGUAGAGAAAAAAAGAAACUUCUUAGAGAGAGACAGACAGACAGACACAGAGGCAGAGAGAGAAACAGAGAGAGACAGAGUUAGGGAGAGAUCUAAUGGAGUACGAGAGGAUACACAAAGUUCAGACUGGUAUUAUUUCCCCUAGUAAGCUGAGGAUGAAGCUCAUGGGGCCUCACCAUCAUAGAAAGAAGGAUGGAUCAAACAGUAACUCCUCAAGAACUUCUCCUUCCAAGCUUGAUGAUUCCGAGUUUUUCAAAAACAGCUUGUUAGACCCCAUGAAUGGAGACGAGGAAGUUGCAUCUUCCAGUUUAGAAGUUCUGUCUACAAAUUUGUCUAGUGAACCGGCAUUGGACCUGAGAGAAAGUGAUCAAACUUCUUGCCAAAUGAAGGAGUCAUUGCCACGAGAAAAUGGUGAUGCCGUUCGUGUUAGAUUGCAACAAUGUACAAAGGGUGACAGUGGUAGUUCGAGUGCUAUUCAUCCCAUGAGAGUAAUGGAAGAUGAAAAUCUUGACUAUGAUAGUAAUGCUAGUUCAUCCAGUUUUGAAUUUCAUAAAGGGGAGAAGUCAGUACAUAAGCACAUUUCAAGAGCACUCUCAAGAACUAUGCCGUCUAAGUGGAAUGAUGCUGAGAAAUGGAUAAUGAAUAAGCAAAUUGUACAAGCUAAUUUUCCUAGAAAGAGUGCUUUACAAAACCAAACAAUUCGGUUGCCUGUGACAAAUAUGGUGAGGGUGGCUCCCGAGUCUGCUAAUUAUGAUUAUAAGCUAAAUGGAAGAGUAGCAGACACAAAGCGGGUCGAUUUCUGUCAGCCUGCAUCACAUAUUGGAUUCGAUAAAUUCUCUUUUGUUCCUUCUGUGCCUCAAUCGAGUUCAGGUCAAGCUUGUGGGAAUGCUUUGAUUGAUGCGUCCUCACAAAGUAAAGAUUUAAUGGAAGUGGGCCACAGGAAUUUUCCCUGUUCGAAGAGUACUGUCGAAAAUAAUACAGGCACUGCUGCCAUAAGAUCAGUCUCAAUGAGAGAUAUGGGAACAGAAAUGACACCUAUCCCAAGUCAAGAGCCUUCAAGGACUGCUACUCCUGAAGGGGCAACAACCCCGCUCCGCAGUCCAACUUCUUCAAUCCCGUCAACUCCUCGAAGUGGUGCACCAGCUCCCACACCUACCACUGAUGGGGAAGCACAACCACAAGUUGAAAACAACAAGAAACAAUUGUCAGAAGAAGAAUUAAAGCUCAAGACAAGGAGGGAGAUUGUAGAACUAGGUGUUCAGCUUGGUAAGAUGAACAUUGCUGCAUGGGCAAGUAAAGAUGAGCAGGAGAAAAAAUCUGCUGCCGAAAAAAUUGAUAUGGCGAAACUUGAGCGGGUUGAAUUUGAAAAACGUGCAGCUGCAUGGGAGGAAGUUGAGAAAUCUAGACAUACUGCAAGAUAUAAGCGUGAUGAAAUCAAAAUCCAAGCAUGGGAAUCUCAGCAGAAGGCAAAACUAGAAGCAGAGAUGCAGAGAAUAGAGGCCCAAGUUGAACAAAUGAGAUCACAAGCUCAAUCCAAGAUGGUAAAGAAGAUAGCAUUAGCUAGGCAAAGAUCCGAAGAGAAACGAGCAGCAGCUGAAGCCAAGAAAAAUCAAAACGCAGAAAAAACCGCGGCUCAAGCAGAAUACAUCCGCCAGACUGGACGAAUGCCAUCAUCUCAUUACAUUUGUUGUGGUUGGUUGUCAUAAACCAGAGAACAUACAGAGCAGAAGACAUUGCUUUUUCAUGCAACGGAAGUGACCUCUUGUAUGUGUUCGGGACACACCAUGCUUCAAGGAGUGCUGUUGUGUAUGCUAAUCAAAUUUGUAUCUACAGAGCAACCACAGUGUGUUACUUGUUACAUGAAGUGAAUUUUUCAAAAGAUGCA